AUGAUAGGAAGUCUAUUAUAUCUCACAGCUAGUAGACCUGACAUAGUCUUUGCUGUAGGAAUAUGUGCUAGAUAUCAAGAUGAACCCAAAUUUAGUCAUAUUAAUCAGGUGAAGAGGAUUCUAAAGUACGUGAGUGGAACAAGUGACUAUGGUAUGCUCUACACUCAUGGAUCUGGAUCUGCAUUAACUGGAUACAAUGAUGCUCACUGGGCAGGGAGUACUGACGAUAGGAAGAGCACUUCAAGAGGUUGUUUCUUUAUAGGAAACAAUUUAAUAUCCUGGUUCAGUGAGAAACAAAAUUGUGUGUCUCUGUCUACGGCUGAGGCUGAAUAUAUUGCUGCAGGAAGCAGUUAUUCUCAGCUGGCCUGGAUGAAACAAAUGCUGACUGAAUAUAAUGUCAAGCAAGAUGUUAUGACAUUAUUCUGUGAUAACUUAAGUUCCAUUAAUAUAUCCAAAAAUCCUAUCCAACAUAGCAGGACCAGGCAUAUUGAUAUUCGACAUCACUUCAUAAGAGAGCAGGUUGAAGAUAAAGUUAUUACUCUAGAGCACGUAGUGACUGAGAGGCAAUUGGAUGACAUAUUUAUUAAAGCCCUUGAUGCAAAUAAAUUUAAAAAUUUGAGAGGGGAGCUUGGGCUAUGCAUUCAUGAAGAUCUAUAG